AUGAGAGAGAUCGUACAUCUUCAGGCUGGUCAAUGCGGCAACCAAAUCGGUGCCAAAUUUUGGGAAGUAAUCUCUGAUGAACAUGGUAUUGACCCUACUGGUGCCUAUCAUGGAGAUACUGAUUUACAGCUUGACAGAAUUGAUGUCUAUUUCAAUACUGGAAGUGGUGGAAAGUACGUACCAAGAGCAAUACUGGUCGAUUUGGAACCAGGAACCAUGGAUUCCGUCCGCUCCGGACCCUUCGGACAGCUCUUCCGUCCAGAUAACUUCGUCUUCGGGCAGAGUGGUGCUGGUAAUAACUGGGCUAAAGGUCACUACACAGAAGGUGCUGAAUUAGUUGACAGUGUUAUUGACGUACUCAGAAAGGAGACAGAAAACUGUGAAUGUCUACAAGGAUUCCAGUUGACCCAUUCUCUGGGUGGUGGAACUGGUUCCGGUAUGGGUACCCUGAUUAUCAGUAAGAUCAGAGAAGAAUAUCCUGACAGAAUCAUGAAUACUUUUUCAGUCGUUCCUUCACCAAAGGUUUCAGAUACUGUGGUCGAACCUUACAACGCCACCCUCUCAGUUCAUCAACUGGUAGAAAAUACAGAUGAAACUUUCUGUAUAGAUAAUGAAGCUUUAUAUGAUAUCUGCUUCAGAACCUUGAAGCUCACCACACCAACAUACGGUGACCUCAACCAUCUGGUAUCAGCCACCAUGUCUGGAGUGACCACCUGUCUCCGAUUCCCUGGACAACUUAAUGCUGAUCUCAGAAAACUGGCCGUUAAUAUGGUACCGUUCCCUCGUCUCCACUUCUUCAUGCCCGGUUUUGCCCCUCUCACAUCUCGGGGAAGUCAACAAUACAGAGCCCUCUCAGUCCCAGAGCUCACCCAACAGAUGUUUGAUGCCAAGAACAUGAUGGCUGCCUGCGAUCCUCGUCAUGGUCGCUAUCUGACAGUAGCUGCCAUCUUUAGAGGUAAGAUGUCCAUGAAGGAGGUGGACGAACAGAUGAUGAACAUUCAGAAUAAGAAUUCAACCUAUUUCGUAGAAUGGAUUCCAAACAAUGUUAAAAUAGCCGUCUGCGAUAUCGCUCCAAAAGGUCUCAAGAUGUCCGGAACCUUCGUGGGAAACAGCACCUCGAUUCAGGAACUGUUUAAGAGAAUCUCUGAACAGUUCACUGCUAUGUUCAGAAGAAAGGCUUUCCUCCAUUGGUAUACUGGAGAAGGUAUGGAUGAAAUGGAAUUUACUGAAGCUGAAUCUAACAUGAAUGAUCUGGUAUCUGAAUAUCAACAGUACCAGGAUGCUACAGCUGAGGAAGAUCUCGACUUUAUGGACGAGAAUGAAGAGGGUGAACCGGAAGCGGAAGAAGAGACAUAAUCACCCAUUUUUGACGGCCCUAGAAAACUUUUGAUUCUCCAAUGUCUUUGUAUUAUUAUGGCCGGUGUUUGUCAACUCGGCAUCUCUUUCGAGGAGUCUACAUAUCUAACAUUUAUUUGAUAGUUAUUCUUUAUAAUUUCUGAUAUAUUUUCAAUGAAUCUAAUUUAACUCGCUGGAAAUUCAAUAAACCGCACGAAUUUGUCAGGAACGGAACGGGCGGAUAAACGAGGUUCCACUGUUUGUAAAUAAGGUAGAAUAAAUGACACUAAAUGUCGCUAAAAUGAUAUUGGAGAAAUUGUCAAAGUGUGAUUAUUACAAAUUUCCAACCGUUCCUCUCCUGCCAUUUAUUUUUGAAAUUCAUUUGAAGAACUGUCAUAGUUAGAAUUCUUGGACCAUUAAACGCUGUAAGAUGUUGAAUACAUAAAUACACAAACCAAGCGUAGAGAGCUUCUGUUGAUUGCCUUUAUAGCUAUGAUAUUAGCUUUUAUUAAGUUUUAUUAUUUUUAAUACGGAUAGGUGUGAUAAAGAAAAAAUAUUUACUU